CGCUGCCCCCGGCAGAGCCUCGGGAGCCGCCAUGAGCAGGCCGCAGGCGGGCCCCGACCCCUCCGAGGAUCCCAAACCCGACCGGACCAGGACGGAGCUCCGCAACUACACCGAGGGGGAGCGCAUCGGGCGCGUCUUCGGCACCUACCUGCUCAUGCACACGCACCAGACCGUGGAGUUCGUCCGCGCCAAGAGCGCGCAGUACGGCUCCUGCUCGAGGCGCAGGAUGAGCGCCAUGGAGGCGCUGGAGCUGCUGGAUCAGCUCGUGGACGAGUCCGACCCCGACGUGGAUUUCCCCAACUCCUUCCACGCCUUCCAGACGGCCGAGGGGAUCCGCCGGGCGCACCCCGACAAAGACUGGUUCCACCUCGUGGGGCUCCUGCACGACCUGGGCAAGGUGCUGGUGCUGUUCGGGGAGCCGCAGUGGGCCGUGGUCGGGGACACCUUCCCGGUGGGCUGCAAGGUGCAGAGCUCGGUGGUUUACGCGGACUCCACCUUCCACGACAACCCCGACACCAAAGACCCCCGGUACAGCACCGAGUGCGGGAUGUACCAGCCCGGCUGCGGCCUGGAGAACGUCCUCAUGUCCUGGGGUCACGACGAGUACAUGUACCAAGUGAUGAAAUUCAACAACUUCGCCCUGCCCAAGGAGGCCUUCUACAUGGUCCGCUUCCACUCCUUCUACCCCUGGCACGCCCACGGCGACUACGAGCACCUGUGCUCCGAGGAGGACCGCCGCAUGCUGCCCUGGCUCCGGGAGCUCAACAAGUUCGACCUGUACACCAAGCAGGAGGAGCUGCCGGACGUGCAGCAGCUCCGCGCGUACUACCAGGGCCUCAUCGACAAAUACUGCCCGGGCCAGCUCUGCUGGUGACCCCCCGAAAUGCUGCCGGGCCCCCCCCAGCACCCCCGGACCCCUCCCCGGGGCUCUACAAUAAAUCUGUUUGUGCUCUGGGCCCCCUCUCCCCAAAUUCCAGGAGAGGCGCAGGGCUGGAAUGUC